AUGGCGACGAACGUCGACGCCAAGUGCACCGACCCGGGCGCAUUCAAGAGCGAGGAGAUGGCGAAGCUGCACGCGCAGCUCCACGCGAUCAUGGACGUGAAGGACGCCACGCAGCGCGGCCCCGUGGUCGACGUGGUGCGCGCGAUGGAGGGCCUCGACCAGGACCUCAUCCACGAGGUCCGGGACUCCCCCCACACGGACGCCGACAAGGUCCGCCGCAUGGUCGAGGUCGAGCAGCGCCUGAUGCAGCACGGGACGGAUGACGCGUGCGGCUGCGGCAAGGAGGCGUGCUACAACCACGACUUCAAGGGCGAGAAGUGGGAGAACGAGCUGCAGCACGUGUUCGACCACGUGGAGCGCCGCCACUCGUGA